UGCGCAGCAGUACUGGGCAAUGGGAGAACCGGACUGGGUGUAGCGCAGGUGCCGGUCAGGGCGCAGGCGCAGCCCCGCCUCUUUUUCUUUCUCGCCUCUUCCCAGCUAACGGGACUGCACUCGUGCAUAGGGCGAUCUCGGUUUGGAUCCGUGGCUGCAUUGUACAACCGGAAUCUCAAAGAUGGGAGAACCUGAUCUCGACUUCACCACUGCUCACUCUGGGGCUUCCACCACUUUCCCUAUGCAGUGCUCAGCUCUGCGCAAGAAUGGUUUUGUCAUGCUGAAGGGGCGCCCGUGCAAGAUCAUGGAUAUGUCCACCUCCAAGACUGGCAAGCACGGCCACGCCAAGGUCCACUUGGUGGGAAUUGACAUAUUCACCUCAAAAAAAUAUGAAGAUAUCUGUCCUUCGACCCAUAAUAUGGACGUGCCUAACAUCAGAAGGUGUGACUAUCAGCUGGUUCAAAUUCAGGAUGGCUACCUUUCUCUCCUGAGUGACAAUGGUGAGCUGCGAGAGGAUUUGAAACUUCCUGACAAUGAUUUGGGAAAGGACAUUGAGCAACGUUAUAAUUCAGGGGUGGAGACACUGGUCACUGUCAUCAGCGCCAUGAAUGAAGAAUGUGCUGUUGGUGUCAAGAUGUUAACCAAGUAAACUAAAACAUAGGAUGCAGCUUCCAGUGAAACCACCCAAGCCUGAGCUAUGGGAUUGGAAAACCAUUUACUUCAACAAGAAUGCAACAAAAGUAUAAUUUAAAAGAAAAAAAAACAAAAAUGCAAGCGAACACUAACUUUAUUUUGGAAACCCUGGGUCAUCAUCCCAUCAGCAAACACCAACCCCCUCCCCACACUCACCCCCAAAUUUCCAUCAAAUCAAACUUUAACUUUGGGCCCUGGACUUAAUCUUCGCUGCUUUAAUGGAAGCUGAACACAGUUGGUGGGUGUUCCCCUCUUCCCCUUGACUCUGUAACCAUUCCCUGGCACUCAAAACAAGAACUUUUGUGCAUUGGCUCCUUUUGCUGUGUGCAAGUUGAACUACCCUCUCUGGCUGCACAGAGCAUCCAGCUGCCUUGUGGUUGUUCUGUUUCUGUGAGGGGAGGUGUACGGGGUGCUACUUUUGUUUUGCUUGCCUGGCCUCCGUCCUCCCACGUUUGCUUCUCCUUUGAGCCCUGUAAGGUUCUUGGGUUUGAACUUCAGGCAGCUGUGCAGUAGAAAUAAAAGUCCAUCUAAAGUGCAUCACUCCUGCACACUUAAUAUUAACUUGUUUCGAGCAGUUGGAGAAGGUUGGUGAAGCAAGGCAGAGAGCCAAAGGGAAGGGGGGGGGGGGGGGGCUUGUACCUAUAUUCAUGAGUUGUGCAGGGAUUUGUUUCACAAUAACUUUCUAAAAGGACAUUGCCAAUGCAUCUAAGUAAGCAUCUGUAAGAUAAAGCUGAGAUAUUAAUCACACCACUUUUAGAAGGAGCAAUUUUUCUUUCGCUACUGCCCUCUUCUGCUGUGUGCUGUAUAAGAGUUGAGGGGGAGUUGGCUCCUUAUUGGGGAUCCCAUCCCCUACAUCUCUUAACCACCCCCCCCUUUUUAAUUCUAA